AGCUCUUUUGGCUCAAGCUAAAAGUUGUGAAGGGCUAUGGACGCCUGAGAACCAGCGUCUAGCUUUGGGCCUUCCGUAACCUGCUUUCGAGCGGAGCUGAGGGUUCCCUUUCGUGUCGUAUUCCUUCCUUUCGUGCUCGCCCGUGGUCAUGGCUCCCGCUCCACCAUGCAGCCGCGGCACUGCUGCUCAGCGUACUACUGGCAGCUAUGGGGGCCAGCCUGGGAGCCGGGUGUUUCAGCCCGAACAGCGGGGAGAGCAAGGCGAAUGGCGCCAACGGCGCAGGCAGAAACAGUAUAACGUGUGUUCCUUUUGCAACCACUGGGAGUACGCGAGUCGUGGACAUGAGGUGUGCUCGAAGUGUGUGGGGGUCGCCUAUUUGGACCGAGGCGCCCAUGUCGAUGGUCUACGUGGAGCUGCUGCAGCCCCUGCGGCAGUCGCGGGUGCUGGCCCGCAUGACGAGCAGCUGCGCGCCGCCGCUGCCACCUUGCUGGCGGCUCGGCCUGAGCUACGUGAUACGCUGGGCGAUCUGGCGGCGCAGCCUGCGCCCGUGGUCGUGCUCACCCCAGCCCAGCUCGACCCGGCGGCGCUUGGCCAAAGUGGUUGAGGAUUCAGCUCGGCAGGUGCGCCUGGCAUGCCAGGGCGCCGAGCAGAAGCGCACGAAAUCGCAGAACAUUCGAGAGCAGCUUGACGACGCGUGCGGGGUCUUGCUGGAGGCCGGGGAGGCCCAGACCAUCGCCCAGCAAGUCCAGCGCGAUGCGGACCAGGCGAUGCAGGCCUUCAGCCCUGAAGUGUGGAAGGUGGCGAAGGCCGCUGAGGCGCGUGAGGCCGAGGCCGAGCGCCAACGCGAGCAGCGGGCUGCGCCCCCCGCUGCUGCGCCUGCUGGCGCGCGCGCCAUGGCCCAGCCUGCCGCUAGGGCCCCUGGCGGGGGUGGCGUUGCUGGCGGCGGCGCUGCGGCGAUGGCGGUCGACAUGCCCGACUUCGGCGCCAUGUCGGCGGAGGAGCUCGCGGCCUGGGCGCGCGAGCACAGCAUGCCCGCGGCCCUCUGGGAAGCGUUCGUAGCCAUGCGCGCCACUCUUUAAGGUGCUGGCGAUGAUGCUGGCAGUGAUGCUGGCAGCGAUGCAGGUGGCAGCGAUGCAGGAGGUGCGGAUGAUGAGCUUCGUGCCCUUCGCAAGCGUGGCCAGGAGCAGGUUCUCAGAGCCGAGGGCCAGGUUCGCUUGGAGUCCCUCCUCGCAGCUCGUGCCAAGCAUCGCACCGCCAAGCGCUUGCGCACGACCAAGGAUCAUACUGACGCGCAGUCUGUCGAAAUGCUCAAGCAAGUGGUGUCCGUGCCAGUGCCAGGUGGGCCGCCUCUUUAGCAUGGCCGCUAGCCGACCUGACCUCUCGUGUCGCGAGUCUUGCCCUUGCCCCGGGUAUUCAGUUGAUGGCAAGAAAGGUGAUGGAGUAUUGUUGGCGUAUUGCAACAUCACUUCGUGGUCGAAGAUUGCCAAAGACUUUGCGUCCGAGGUUCGUUGCAGUGCCCAUCAGAUUGCAGCAGCAUGUUUUUCCUGGUGCCAAGCGCGAGAUUGCCGCAAUGGGCUGGGGGGCACAUUUGCAGGCAGGCCUGUCUACGGG